AUGAUCACCGAGACACUUUUGUCCAACCUUCCUACGUUCCACCUACCAUUGACAGACGUGUCUCGACAUACUCGUCCACCGUCUAACGAAGUCCACGAUACCUACGACCAGCCAACGUUUACGACCUUUGCGCCCCAGCGUCAACCUACACACCGUCCUUCAUCCUCCCAUUCAGCUGAUUACCGCCCACCCUCGGCCAGUGGCUCCCAGCGUACCUUGCGCCGAGUUCGCCGUCAGCCAGAGGCUACCCCAUUGCCUCAUCGCCGAGCCUUCUCCCUUGAUCACUCUACAAGACAACCCGCACAGCCCCAAGCUCAUUCUAUCCCGACCUCCGCACGAGCUCCGGAGAGUGGAAUUGCUGCCAUACGCCCAGCUCAUUCAGAAGCGCAUACGGACGAGAACGGAUCGACUAUCGACGAUCCAUAUCAGCUUCUCAACUCCUCGUAUUGGCCACGGAGAACCACCGGUGUCUCAUCGCGCACUGCGUCGGCUAUUCUCUUUGCUCUUGAGGACGCCAUCCGCCGCCCUAUACCCUUCACAUUCGACUGGGCAGAAGUGAAUGCUUCUAUGUCAGAUAUGGUAGGUGUAGCUGGUCCCGCCGGGCCCGUUCAGAAUGGAGCGUCACGCGCACCCCCAGCCCCUGCGCAGGUUCCAUCGCAACCUCCCAGUGGUAUGCGCACGCCGACAGACAUCAUGAGACAACGCCGGGAUCGCGAGGCACGUCGGAAAGCCGAACAAGAAGCCCGCGAGAAGGAACAGGAAGAGGUGGAGAGACAGCAAUUUGAGCAAGAGCAGGCGAUUGCUCAAGCUCAGGCCCAGGCCCAAGCACAGCAGUUUGCGGGCCCUGCCAAUGAUCCAGCGUCCCAGCGUCGAACGCGGGUGCCACGCCCAACCAGAGGACCAGAGACCCAAUUUGAAGGUGCUUCUGGUACUGCUCCUGGGCCCGCACCAAACCUCCGUGCUACACCAUCUGCACAAGGUCGAGUCGACUAUGCAAAUCAACCACAGCCCAGCCAACAAUUCGGGCCCUCUGUACCACCGCCUCGUGCGCAAAGCGCCACUGCGGCUGGAACGGGGGAUCCAACUGGAACCAGUGGCGUCACCAAGCCGACUCAGGCCCCUACCCAGCCUGGCGCACCGCAAUCCCUUCAGCAACCUCAGCGUGUCUCCUUUCCUCAUGCGUUCGAGAGAUGGGAAACCCUAUCCUCACACUGGGAGGGGUUGACCAGCUACUGGGUUCGGAAAAUGGAAGAGAAUAAGGGCGAAGUGGAAGGAGACCCGAUAAGCAAGCAGCUAGCUCGUCAGAUCACGGAUCUGUCAGCCGCUGGCGCGAAUUUAUUCCACGCCGUGGUUGAACUGCAACGUUUACGCGCAUCCUCUGAGCGCAAGUUCCAGCGAUGGUUCUUCGACACUCGCUCCGAGCAGGAACGAGCGAAGGAGGUGCAAGCAGACCUUGAACGACAACUCAAGGCUGAACGGCAAGGCCGUGCUGAUGCUUUUGCUACAGCCCAGACUGCUGAGCAGGACAAGAACCGUGCAGAGGAAUUGCUUCGUGAAAUGCGUCGCGAGCUACAGAUCUCCAAAGAAGAGGCACGUCGGGCGUGGGAGGAACUCGGCCGUCGCGAGCAAGAGGAGCGCGAAAGAACCAACUCCCUCCGAAACGGAGAGCCCACUCUUGUAGGUGGUGUCCAGGUCGUCCCUAUGAUCCAAGGUGUGCCCAGUCGCCAGCGCCCACAAACUCGCGAGGGUCCAUACCCCGGCGGGCCAACGGCCACCACCAUGGGAGGCGACUACCAGGCCAAACCUACUAACCCCUCCACUGGAACCUCAUACUACGAUGAAGCGGGCCCGAUGUCACCAACAGGCUCCGACCCCUUCGUAGAGCCCAAGAAACCCCAACACCCCCCGUCGAGUCAGGCUCCCUACGCCAGCGAGAUGUACUCUCACGAAAACCCCGCCGCCUAUCCUGGCCCCGCAACCUCCGAACCAGACGACCGCUCCUACGUCAGCAGCGAACCUGGCGAAGAAGAGUACAGCUACCAGCAAGACCAACAGGGCCGUUCGUACGGACACCCAGCUCCUCGCUCAGAGGCAAGUGAUGAAUACGGCGACCAAUUGCCCGCUGACGAUCAUCAGUACGUAACCGACGGCGCGUACACUUCUGGUGCCAGCUCUGGAUCAGUACCCGCCCCCUAUCCGCCUACCACGGGUGCAGACUACAGCGGUUCAGGAUGGGGUGUUGGGUCCGGCUGGGAAGCCGUCACGCCCAGACACCGUCACCCUACACGGCUGAGUGAUGUCCUCGAGGAGGAUGAGCCGAGUCGCACGAGUCCGAGCCGCGCUAGCCAGGCUCCCAGCCGAGCCAGCCAGGCAAGUCGGAGUAUGCACGGGUUCUAA